CACCGUCAGUGCGACUCUGGCAGUGGUGAGAGUAGGGUGUGUUGCCGUCCUCUCUAGACUCCUACGUCAGCUGUCGACACAUACCUCGUAGCUGGCUGGUUCCUAGCUCCGGAGGUGUAUCUGAAAGGCAGUAACUGAAAAAUUGACAAGAGGCCCUUUGACAGCCGCCCUACAAAGAAAGCGAACCCGUGACUUGUUUGGCCAGUCAAUACCUGAAUCAUCCCAGGCCAAGCGCGGGCCUCACAAGGAAGGCGACAAGGGCGGCAGGCGAGGCAUCUAUCAAAGUAGAAGUCCUUGACAGCAGGUGGCGAGCAGGGGGCGACUCAUCCCGGCACAGGAGUACAAGCACGGGAAUACAGGCGCGGGGGGAAGGCAGCGAUGAGGUCGUCGCCGAUGGUGCCCAGAAGGAAGAGGCCACAGGCCUCGGCGGUUGUAGUGUUGAGGAAGUACAGGCGACUCAGGCGCCGCCGCCGCCGAUCCCUUCGUCAGGAAUAUCAGAAGCUUCGCUCCCUGCUGCCGGGUGCCCCAAGGUCACCUCAACUACGUCGCAAGGUCGGGGUGGUGGACGCAGCCUACCAGUACAUCUGUCAGCUACAGUCCGCACUACUCGCCAAGUUUUCUGCCAGAGGCGUUCCGGCUGACCUGGCAGGCGUGGUGGGCGGAAAGGUGUCUUCAGCGUCGGACGUGCGGGCCCUUGCUAUCCACCUCAUCCACUCCACCAACAUGGCGCCCUCGUUCAUGACCCUCCCGUCACCCCCCUGCGGCCUCCCUUCCUUCCGCACCACCUCCAGCACGUCUCCGGCACCAACGCCGUCGCUGUCCUCUCGGAUCUCCGCUACACAAUAUUUUAUAGGAAAAUCGGGCUUAAAAAAAUAAGCCUGGCGAAAGGAG